ACCAUCAUAAACACAAAAUGUAAACAACGACAAAUCUUGUGUGUUUACGAAAAGAAAUCAAGUUCAUACAGCACACAACCAGCAGCUAUGCGGCUCUUGGGAGAAGGGAAUGUUAGCAUGGAUAGUCGCGAUUAUGAAACGGCUAUUGAACAUUACAAAAAAUGUUUGAAUUCUACCGACGAAAAUAGCUUGAAAACGAUUGCAUAUUUUGGCCUUGGUAAUGCUUACACGCUCUCUGAUGAAGGGAAGGAAGCAAUAAACUGCUUUAAUGAUUGCUUAAAUCUUUCUUCUGAACUGGAAAUUAAAUAUUUUCAACAUCAAAUAUACCUCGGGUUGGGGAGUAUCCAUUCUACCACUAAAAGAUUAGAGGAUGGUAUAAAGAAAGAAGAAAUGGUCUGUCUUUGUCAUGUUGCAUUGGGAGGAUUGAAUAAAUUACUUGAAAAUUAUGAAAAAUCCUUGGAGCAUUAUAGAAAAGGAUUCUCUCUGAUUGAAAAUCAACAUCUAGAAGCAGAAAUGCAACAUUUACAACUGGAGGAAAAGCAGCUAGGGAACCAUGAAGAACAUCUACAAGAACAAGAACAACAUAAACAGUGUCAUCGACCACAACGACAAAAAAAAGUUGGCGGUAUUAACAUUAGUAAAGAUUUUGUCUACCAUUACUUGAAGAACUUGUCUCUUGUUACCUCAUUCGGAAUCAUGAAUGGAGUGUUAGUUGUUUCUUGGGAAUUAGCAGAAUUGUUUGAUAAACUUGAAAAAUGGGGGGAUGCAGUGUAUAUUUAUGAAAUAUAUCUGAUGAUAGUCACAGAAGAUGAAGAUAUAGAUAAAGAACAAAAUGCUAUUGAAUGUCUAAUACGAAUAUUCGAAGAAGAAGGGCGUGAUUACUUUUUGGAUUCAAUGAAAGUGAGAUUACGAGAGCUUGAAAAAAGAAAAAAGUGCAAAGAAUUGCAACUACAAGAAUGGAAAUAUAAUGAUCCGUCAACAAAACACAAAGAAUGCUUGUUAAAAAUGAUUGAGUAUAGGCAUAAUCCUAAUGUAAAAGUUGAACUUUUAAACAAUGUUCUAGUAAUUUUCUCAGAUGAAUUUUGCAUUGGCAGAGGAUGUGAUGGAACCCGUGUUUAUCUUGGACUGAGCAAGGAUGGUUAUGGAAAAGCAGUAAAACGAGUUCGUCGAGAUAACUGUACCAAAGAAGCAGAGAACGAAAUGAAAAUUUUAAAUGAAAUCAAAGCUAAGAAGUCGAGUUAUGUUGUGAAUUAUUACCACUUAGAAGAAGAUACCGGACCUGAAUAUGUCUAUUUGAUACUUGACCUAUGUGAAGAAUCGCUGGAGGGUUUUGUAAAAUCUUCCACUUUGGAGGAUCUUCAAAAAUCUCUUCCCGAAAUUCUCAAUCAAAUUUUAAAAGGAUUAGCUGAUCUUCAUAGCGAACCAAAUCCUAUUCUUCAUCGUGAUUUAAAACCAUCUAAUCUUCUUCGAGAUGCACAAGAACAAUAUCUGAUAGCUGACUUUGGUAUUAGUCGAAUGUUGAAAAAUGGAGGUAAGACACAUAAAAGCGAUGUUACUAAGGGAACUCAAUAUUGGAUGGCUCCUGAAUCGUAUGUUGUUAAAGAAGAGUCAGUUGACAAAGCACGAUACAAACCAGAGUCUGAUGUAAUGAAUGCAGGAAUGGUUGCUUAUUAUGUUGCAACAAAAGGGAAACAUCGUUUUGGACCUCGAGAGUAUAGACUGAAAAACUUGUUAGAUGGAUACCCUGUUGGAUUGGAAGAAAUUGGUGACUUUAAACUUAGAGAUCUUCUUUCAUGGAUGCUGCAACAUACACCCGAACUCAGACCAUCUGCCAAAAAAGCAUUAAAACAUCCAUAUCUGCAAUCUGCUGAAGAGAACUUUGAUAUGUUGUGUGAUGUGGUGAAUCAACUGGAGAUAGAGAUAAGUGAUCCUCUCCACUCAGAUGUCCAUAAGCAGUUAAAUGAUCCAGAAAAUUGGAUGGACCGUAUCAACGGAGAAAUUUUUAACAAUUUCAAUGACUUUGACCCUACAUUGUUAGGCUGCUUAAAAUUUUUACGAAACGUUCGCGAGCAUUGGCAAAAUGAACCUCACCCACAACUGCCGCCAAGUGAAAGCAACUAUAAAAAGUAUUUCCUGCAAGUUUUUCCAGAGCUUCCACUUCUGGUGCACAGAAUCAUAAGGUAUAUCGAAAGGAAAUCCACUCCAGAUCUGGGAGAACAAUUUGCUAGAGAAAUCAAUCGAGAGUCAAGUUCAUUUUCGUAUACCUGUCUUGAAGAACCAAGAAGCAGUGCAUCAACAUUCAAAGAUGCAAAUGGUAAUUUGGAUGAACACUUUUGGAUGAACACAAGCUUUUCAGAAGAAUUGCUGUCUCAACCAUGGAAAUGUUAUGAUAAAUCAAUAAUGCACCAGCAAAAGUUCAGAAUGAUGGAAGAAUAUAGGCAGGAAAAUCCAAGAAAAGUUAAACUUGUAAAUGGUGUAAAGGUUAUUUGUUCUGAAGAGUUUUUGCUUGGUAAAGGAAGUGAUGGAACUCGUGUUUACCUUGGACUCGGAAAAGAUGGUUACGGAAAAGCAGUAAAACGAUUGCUUCGAGAUAACUGUGCGGAGUUAGCCAAACGAAAAAAAGAUAUUUUGAAUGAGUUGAAUGCCAAGCGUUCAAAUUAUGUUGUGAAUUAUUGGUAUCUUGAAGAACAACCAGGCACAGAUUAUUUGUAUUUGAUAUUAGAUUUGUGUGAAGAAUCGUUAGAAAGUUUUGUUAAAUCUUCUACUUUGCAAGAUCUUCAAAAAGCACUUCCUACAAUUCUUAAGCAGAUUUUAAAAGGUUUAGCUGAUCUUCACAGUGGUCCGUGUCCUAUUCUUCACAGGAAUUUAAAACCCUCGAACGUUCUUCGAGAUGUGGAUGGAAAUUUUUUAAUCGCUGACUUUGGUACAAGUCAUAUGUUAUCUGAUGAAACUUCGACACAUCGGAGCAUACAAAGAGGAGCUAAAUAUUGGAUAGCUCCAGAGUCAUAUGACAAAUCAAAUGCAUCAAUUGAUAAAGUUCGUUACAAAAAAGAGUCUGACAUUAUGAAUGCCGGAAUGGUGGCUUAUUAUGUUGCAACAAAGGGGAAACAUCCUUUUGGAAUUGAACGGCAUAGACUGGACAACAUUUUGAAAGGAAACCCAGUUGGCUUGAACGAAAUCAAGGAUGCCACGUUCAAAGACCUUUUAACGUGGAUGCUACAGUUAAUACCUGAAGACAGGCCAUCUGCCAAUGAGGCGUUAAAACACCCUUAUCUACAAACCGAUUAGGAGAAUUUUGAUUUGCUGUGUGAUGUUGGGAAUGAACCAGAAAUAAAGAAAUCAUCUCCACAUUCUCUUCCCUCAAAUCUUCAUGAGCAGUUGAAUCUUUCAGUAGGUUGGAUGGACCGUAUCGAUCCUGAAUUCUUUAAUCAUUUCAAUAAAGUAUCCGACUCUACAUGGUUAGGUUGCCUAAGAUUUUUACGAAACGUUCGCCAGCGUUGGCAUGAUAAACCUCGUCCACAACUGUCAUCAUGUGUUAAAGAUGGAAACUAUCAAGAGUAUUUUCUUCGACUUUUUAUGGAACUGCCUCUUCUAGUUCACGGAACCAUAGGAUUGAGUGACUGGAAGUUAACACCUGUUCUAAAGGAACAUUUUGCAGAUAAGACACAGAAAUGAAUUUCCAUUUUCGAUAGCCAAGCUAUAAAUUAGGGGUCAAUGACAAUAUAUUUGUUAUUUUCACUCUAGUUCUCCUCUUCAUUUAUUGUACCUAAUGCAUGUAUGUUUUGAAUUCUGUAUAUUGCCGUUGCAAACAUUUUUCAGACAGUGCACAUCCUGUAAAAUUUGAAGAAGGCAAAGGAAAGAAAAGCGAAGCUGUUA